CUUAGCUCGAAGUCGUAUACUACUAUACUUGCCAUUGAGACAGAAAUCAGGACUGCAAGACUACAGAUCUAUUGAAUAAGGAGCCCUCAGGUACAUAUGCCGUAGCAUAAUUCCUGUGUGUGGAUUGUGUGUGCAACUGCUAGCUCUAUCAGUGACAGGCUACGCAUGAAGGAGUCCAUAUACCAUGGCUACAACGGAAUACUUUAACGCUGAGUUAACAAUACCAAUCAAUUCAACCAGCCCCUCAAGAAAUGUCCCCAAAAGACAAAAAUGGCCAGCAAUCAAGAAGGUACUGAGAUCUAAAGGCAGACCGACUGAAGAACCUCACAAUUCAUAUCACUUAGAACUGUAUACGCCUGAGUUCCAUUCCACCCUUACCCCUCUCUAUCAAUGCUUCAGUGAGGCCGAAAGUGUCAUCAAGUUGUUGGAAGAUUUAACGAGAAAAGACUCUGAAUUAGCCACAAACCUUGAAGCUGAAAACUUGAACCGUAGCUCUCAUGCUCACCGACAGACUUUGGAGGAAGACAGGGAGAUUAUAUUCACUGCGAGUGGGUCAACCACCAAUAACAUACAGAUAAACUCUUAUAUCGAUUUCCUUGCGACUUUCAUUGGCUUGUUUCUUCGUUCGCGAUUCCUCACUGACCAAGAAGACAUUCCACGUGACCAUGAUCGUCAUAGAGUCCUAUCCUCACUAGCUGAUGUACAGUGCCCCGAAGACUUGAGUAUCUUCAGGAGAGUGUUUGUGAACCCACAUCAGGUUGGAUUAAAGUUCCAAGAAGGAGAGAUACAAGAACUGUACAAUGGAACACCAGUCAAUCACCUAGCGAAGUUUCUCGAUGUUGUUGUCGUCAAUUUCUUGAGUUCUGUCACAGAGAAUACCAGUCCUGCUGCUGUUUGUUGGGCGAUCGAUUAUCUCCUAAAACUUCUCAGAGAACUCUACAAUUCUCUCAGUCUUCUCGGCUCCCCAGGUUGGUACGGAGCUCCACCCAUUCGUAGUCGAAAGAAAACUGCUACGAACAGACCAAGUAUCAGUCGUCCUCCAAUUUUUACCCCACCUCUGGUUUUUGUAGGUACACCUCCCUCGAGCCCCAUUCGGACCAAUCAGUCAGUCAGUUUAAUGCUGGACCCUGAGACAGGACAACACAGCCCCCACCCCUCAUCAAGGGGUGGAGCAUCACCCAUCUUCCAUCGUCCACCCAGCCCCUUGUUCAACAGUACUAAAACGCUACAAGACACUGAACAACAUGCAUCCCCUGCACGCUUGCAACUGGAAACAUCUCCCCCAAGAAACUUUUUAGGCUCACCGAGAGUCUCUCCUGCUCAUGGUGCAGAGCUGCACACUCAUCUUGGACGCUCUUUUCAUUCCGCCAGUCCACCCGGCCUUGGUAGUAUUCGAGAAGACCUUGUACAGGAAGAUAGUGAUCCACCUCGAUCACCAAGUCCUGCCGAAGAAGAAGUGAGAUCUAAAAUAAAGUCUCUAGCGGACAUUCCGCAAGUUGACAAGGAGCAGGAAUUGAGAACUGGAGUAACCAGUGAAGGAAGAGUAAGUUUGAUUGCCAUUCUCACAGCCAUCUCCAAUCUCCCUCAAUCGGAGGUACUCUGGAACAACAAAACACUAGGGGAGAAGUGCUUCUCUCUCAUUCAGAUGUGCCUGGAUCUUGGUCUCCCUCCUAAACAUCACGAGGCUGCUCAGGCAAAACCUAUGGCAACGGCUCAGACUAGAAGAGAAAAGUUUCGAAGUCAAGACAAUCUUGCCUUUGCACUGCAUGGUACGGAGAAACCCAAUGUCGUUCAUGCCAAGUUUGUAGUGGAGGCUUCAGUGAAUGCUUUGAUACAGUGUGCCACUAGUUUGAUAGUAGGCUGUGCCAAUGAAGGGUUGUACUGCUCUCUAAAGUAUCUUCGCCUACCAUACCAAAACCUCUCUUCCCACAAUCGACUCAUUCGUCUACUACAAAGAAUCGAUGAUCACUCUCCGGCAACUUUCCGAAAAGCCCUAGCAACGUUCUCCCAACCCUCCAAUUCAACUGCUCGCAAACUGUUCCACUUCCUCCACGUUAUUCUGCAGUACUGUUCGGGUAGCUCUGAGAUGGUGGGUAGUAACAGUCUCAUGGUGGACGUUGUGGUGGGUGUACUGAGGUCAGCAGUGGAUAGGCUCGUGGAGUUGGACAUCACUGAACCCUCUAUCCAAAAUAGUGUGGUCAGUGAGGCAUGCAGUUUCUUCCAGUACGCCCACUCCAUCCUCAACGAAUAUUCUCUCUCUCACAUCAGUGACACUAAACACCUUGAGAUGUACCUUCAUCGUAUUGCUCUCUCCGUUAUCCUCCCUCCACCCCCAUCACGACCUGAUGAUCAUGUGAUCCCUGACAACCUCCAGGGAGCAGCCACACCCCUCUUAGCAAUGCGAGAGAGGAGAGAAGGUCGCACAAGACAGCCGAAUGUGAACUCACCUAUUGAGCCCAAUAAGACAGAGAAGAGCUUCACCAUGCCUGCCAAGAAAGGAAGCUUUAUUCAGCCAGCUUUACAACGUACAAAGAAGAACCUUGGUGAAAGGACUCGCAGUGGAUCACUCAAUAUGCCUUCAGGAGGGGGAGCUGCAACGCCUAAAACAAAGUUCAAGAAGCAACGAAGCUUGCACUCAGAUCUUGGACGGACCCCUUCCUCUUCUCAUAGCGAGGCUAGUGUGGACUCCAGACUAAGUGGCACAAGUGAAAAGCUGGGCACUGACGAGAAGGAGAUUGGCUCUGAUUGGAGGGGACUACAACUGGACGUACUGAGAGGACGUAUUCAGAGGCUGGUAGUUCUACUCAACACAUCUGUACCGGGGACUGUCCCUGAUCCCGACAUGCUGGCAUCACUCAUUGAUCUGUGUGAUGGCAAGACGGUGGUUUCCAGGGCAAUGGUUCUGCUAGAGUGUGCCAUGUUUGUGAGCAAGCUGCGUACUCAAGAUCUGCCUACCGUGUGGGUCAUACACAACAAGGAACACAACUCCCACCUAAUGCAUUCUGUCAGCAACAACUUGAAGAAAUGGGCGGAGGCAAUAAGUGAUAAACUGCGAGUCAUUGAGCUACGAGAGAGGGAGAUCAUUAACAGAAUGAGAUUUGCUGAUAAGUCAUCAAACGUUGAACCCGUUUUCGAGGAAGAGCCUGUAUUCCCAAGCGACCAAUCGGAUCAAUCAGAGGACAACUCUGUAGCCGUGUGUUAUGCUGUCAAAAUGGCUGCUUGUCAGCUGUUGCUCGAGAUCACACGAUUUUUGCGAGACCCACCAGAACAGUUUUGUGGUUGGUCAGUCAACCGGAGGAUAUCUACGAGAUUAAACUCUGUGGUAAACGAUGAAAUGGAGCGAAAACAGUCAGUCUCGAGUGUUCAAUCAUCCGACAACGAAUCAAUACCCGGAGGUGGAUUCAUGUCUCUGCCCUCAAGUGGUUUUCAUCAGACACAUUCUCCAAGCCAUACCAGAGGACGUUUUGGCAGUAACCUCUCCGUAGAAGAUGCGGAAACUUUGCCCCGACAGAACUCUAUCGAGGAGAAUAGUGGAUCGACCAGUCCAAUAAAGAAACGUGUUUCUGUCUACCUCCGAGUGAACAGUACUGGCGGUACCAUCUCCAGAAGCAGCUCUCUGAAGAGACCGUCUAAAGUGAUUCGAGUGAUAGACGCACCGGGACAAGUUAGAACAAAUACUUCGUCAGCCAUUCAUUCUCGCCGAGAGGCCUUGACUGCAUCUACUGUGAACGCUCUCCACCAAUCGCUGUACACCGGUAACGCUCGGAGUGGUCGAAGGCCGUCUGUGGCUGGUAUAAUGGGUUCCAUAACUGUGGCAUCGCAUCACCCCCUUCCAGCCAAGUAUCGCAGACAAUCUGUUGGAGCUACUCUCUUUAAGCAAGCCUCUCUGGGAGAAGCAGACCGAGUGACUCCCUCUGAAGUUCCUGUGUCCUCUAAGACCUCUACAACUGGUCAUACACUUUCUACUCUUAGAAACAGAGCAAGAAAAGCAAUGCAAACUCUCAGAAGACGGCCCACCAAAUCGCGACUAAGCUCCGAGUCUGGCCUCUCCCCCAACAGCAGCCCUAAUGCCCAUGGAAGAAAACAAUUCUACCAGAGGAGCACCAGCCAUGUAGGAGGUAGCUUUUCACAUCCAGGGGCGGCUGAAGAACGUUCACUUCAGUGCUCAUGGCUGAGGAUCAUUGAACAUUUGAUUGUGGUAGAACAUGCAAACAGUUGCAAAGUUAAACUACGACAUAAUAUGGCAUGCAGACAGUUAAUAUCAGCACUCAAAAUGGUCUACUCUGCCAAGUACGAGGAGAAAAAGCCAGCUGCUGACACCAAUGUCAAAGGCCCCACCAUGUCUAGGAGUCUAAGUCUGAUGUUUACUCAUAGAAUAUCUCAGCGAUUUUCAGAAGCUGGUGAGGGAAGCACUACUAGCUCACUAUACGGUGGCAGUUUGACGUCAGAGAACCUGAGAAGAAGAUCACAGAAACCAGGUGUUGGCACUCCCAAACGAGUCGUUUCCAUGCCAGCUGCUCUCUCAAAUCAAACCACGGGUUCUUUUUCUAGCAUCAAUUUCUCACGAUUAAAUUCUCUCCAGUUUUCGAGUACACUAAUGGCGCUUGGAGAUGGGGAUGAGAGCAUCGCGUUGUUCCUGGAGGCCGAGUCAACCUACCCCCGUGCAUAUCUCAAUGCCGAGCUGGACGAGCAAAGAAGAGAGUACUUAUCAUCAGAGCUGCUGGGGAUGAUGCACGUUCCAUUCUCCAUUUUAGUACAUGCUGCCCCUGCCCUCCACGUCUCCACACUGUCGCGCUUGAAGCCCCUCGCCUGGGACGCCUUGUUGGACCAUGACAAGGAGCUAUCACGGGCAGCAGGUGCCUUUUUCCUGUUGGCAUGUCUCAAAGAGACCAGUUCUGGAGUGAAAGCUUUUGUAGAGGAGCACGUACUCAAGGGGGGUCCUCAAGAACAGCGGGGGGCCAUACUGAGAUUCAAGACUCUGUGGGAGACUCGCUAUCAUGUCUGGCCCAGGAUGGAGGAGAGGGCUCAGAAGAAAUUGUGUGUCAAUGACAAUAAGAAAGUUGAUGAGGAGCACAAGACGAUAGGCUACUCUCUCCCAGCAACACUCUUAGGACAGGUGACUGACACUGUUCCCCUUGCCCCCUGGGAAUUCUCUGCCGUGUGUACCAACAAGACGUGUGCUGAUAACCCCAACCUCUGCUACCGCUCCACUCAGCACAUCACUGUUAUUCAUAGCGACGAGAUCACGGCAGCUGUCAAGGACUACAGUGUGUCUGGGGUGUCUCUAUUGCAGGAGGCCAGCUCCAAGCCAGCUAACGUCUUUUUGGGCAUAGAAGCCGAUGAUGACGUUGGUAAUAUUGAAAAAUGGGAGGCCGUCAAGACAACCCUGUUUCCACACUCACUGCUACCGCUCAUACGCUUCCUCAUCACAUUGCUCACCUCCACACCCUCACAACCUACCACCCCCUCACAAGAUGCACAGCUGGACAUGAGUGAGCUGGCUCGGGGAGUCGUGUGGCAGUGCAUGCUGGAGGACGAGUACCUGUUCUUACAACCUCUCUUGGACCAGUUCAACAAACUGUACAUCUUAAUCAAGGAGGAGUCCAGUAGGAGCGCCACUGACAUUGAGAAUAUUCUGGCUGAUAUUCUGGAGCCAUUUCACGUUCUCUUGCAAAGCUUUAACACGCUCCCGUCGAGAGCAGCUCACUUCCUGUUCAACAACUUUAUGGGUAUGGUCAUGAAGCAUACGGACCAGCCCAUGGUCCACUCCCCCAGGAUCAUCCAGAGCAUGCUCACACUGGCAGAAAUGGUGGUCCCCAGUGUUCAAGGCCUGGACUCCAAGGUCCUCAAGAACAGCCUUAAGAAGGAGAACUGCUAUACUACUGUCAUGACAACGGCUCGUAUCCGUGGCGUUGAGAAGGUGUGUGUGACGGACCUCACUGAUGCAGGGCCAGUGUUCUAUAGAGUGACGGAUGGGAUGACGUUUGCUAACCUGAUUGCAGAGGUUUGUAAGAGAGAUCGUGUCUCUUUGGAGCUGCUCAACAACUGGUACCUCGUUGAUGCCGGGAGGGAUGUUCCUGUCCUGAGCAGUCUGUAUAUCAAGGACUUGUACAGUGCUCCCCUUGACGGCCAAUGCCCCACCUUCCUCCUUAAGGCAGCUUCGCGGUCGGACAAACUCUGGGCACGACAGAUGGAUCAGCUGUUUGUGCACAAGAUGAGUGAGCUCCUGAGGGUGCAGUUCGCGACACAGCUGCUACAUACCGGGCCGGAUGUGGAGAAGGGUGUGGCUUACUCAGAGUAUGCCCAGCCAAACCAUCAGUUCAUCCACAAGGAGCUGGUUGAGCUCAACUCUUUCCCUCGUAAAGUUCUCACGAGUGUUCUACAGGAAGCUGGCCGGGGGGCCUUGGGCCACUACCCUCUGAACGCAUCAGACAUCAUGCUCAAAGGAACAUGGGUCAAGUUCGUAUUAGAGCUCUUCAAAUCAGUCAAGCCAGACUUCAAUUGGUCUAACAAUAUAGUGCUGUUCCUGAACGUGAUCAACGGAGCUAUGUUAUUGCACGGAGAGAACCACACCAUUCUCAGACUCUGUCUAGUCUCUUUACUAACUGCAGCUGCCAAAUUUAACUCUGUGUUCAAACGAGAUGGCUACCAGAUGAUAGUGCCCGUGUUGAUCCAGGUCUACGCCCUUCAUAUGCAGAACACGAUGAUUACUGAUGCUCUCAAGUUUGCCUGGUUCUACUUUUACCUGCUGGACGGGAACACUUUCAUCUCUCAAGUUGCUGCUUCAUCGUCGACUCUGUUCUCUGACACUGUGGCUUCUCUCUCCAGCAAGAUAAGCUCCAGUCAUGUGCCCCUCCCUCCUGUCCCACCCCAGAUGGAGGCUGAGCAGCUCCACAGACUGCAAGUGAGGGCAGUCUCUGAGUUGUUCACCUCCCUGGAGGCAGCCAAGCGUCAUGACAACCUCAACAUACUUCCUCUCUGUCAACAAUGUCUGGAUGAGGUAAACUACUACCGUCUGAUAUCUGAUUCUGGACAGCGUCUCUCAAUAGAGAAUUCAGCUGCCCUCCUCAUCACACUAUGUACAUGGAACCCUGAGGCACUGCGAGGGAUGCAAGUCCUCGUGAGCAUGGACCAUCUGAGUCUCCAGUUCCUCAAACUUAUCCCGAGUAGAAACUCCCUCUCACUCAUCAAAUCACUUGAGUACCUCAUCAGAGGCUGCGAGGCUCUUGCCAGACACCAUCAGUUUCGAAAGGACAAUACCUCAACUCAUAAAGGGUUAGGUAAGGGGGUAAUGGCCACUGACCCCCUGACACCCGGCUACCCGCCUAGCAAAACCUUCAGCCUGGACAUUGAUGACAAUGAGCCUGAUCCUAAAGCGAAGGAGUCGGCAGCAAGGAAGGUGUCUGUUGUCAUCAAGAAAAAGUUCCGCUUGCUUCUCAACCCCAAUCAGAAAGGACCUGGCCUACAAGGCAACUCCUCUGAGGUGAGUGUGAGUGAGAAGGUAACACAAGGGAAGAAUCCAUGGUCUGGGGUUGGUAUCGACCACGGAAUCAUCACCUCUCAAUUCAAAUUGCGAAGGCUUCAACACGAAAGCCAGCAAAUCCUGCAGCUGUCUCGCGACUCCCUCCUCUCCAUAGCAACCCAGUUUGUGGCUCACUUUGCCCAUAUUCGGAUCAGUGAGUCUAGUAGGAGGGGACUUGGUGGGAGGAGGGCCUCCUAUGUCCCUGAACUAUCCCCACACACUGAUCGAAUAAAGAUCCCCUUUGAACCGAACUCAGUAGCGGUCCUCACAUUUGUGGCCAUUCAGUUACUGAAGCAGGGCUACACUAAUGAUCGUUAUGAGGUGGUGCUCCAGGGGCGUGGUCUCACAGGGUUUAUGACUUGUAUCAUCCCAAACAUUGAGUGGAGUGAACCUUACUUCUCGUCUUUCCAAAACCUCCUCAAUCGACUUCUCAAGUUUUUCAAGUACCUGCAGAAAGAAUCAAGUAAAGCAAUGAUGGUCUGGGAUAGUCUAACUGGCUUCAUCACAGGCCUCACACACACCAUACACAACUCCCCCCUUUUGGUCCAAGGACAGGAGCAACAUGUGCAGAAACUAAAGCUGCUGUUAGAGACUAUAGUGACACUGCAACACUCUGGGGGGAAUCCUCAGAAUCAGUCGGCCUCUGCCCUCAAGCGCUCUCGUAGCAUCCAGCGGAUCCAGACGCCUCUCCUUCAGUGUGCAUCAGUCUCUUUCUCUGAGGCGGUGGUGGGUCUGGCAGUUGAGCUCAUUGUUCUCACUCACGCCAUUCCACAGACUAGACUAAGGUUUCAUCUCUCCGACCUUCUCUACCACAAGAUCAUCAAGGAGCACGAAGACCUUCUACUGUCGAAGAUAGUCCUGCCCGUCUGUGUUCAACUUGGCCUCAGAAAUGACAUGGACCAUCCAUGUGUGAGGGAUGCUGAGUUUGUGCUGGAGUACAUCAACAAGAAUGUGGAGUUCGUGAUCAAGUCCAAUAUCAAUCCUGCCAUAAUGAAUCAGAAAUUGCCUCCCGAUCCCUUCUUCAGAGAUCUGAAGGUGGUGUGUCUAGCCUUCUCGGAUACAUUUAGCCUCCAGCACUGGCACAAGAUCAGUCAGUGGGUCAUCUCUCUCACACAUAGGAAAGGGCUUAUCUUACCCGGCCCCCUCAAAAAUGUCCCCCAUGGCCCUGAGGAGGGUGAGGGUAUAAGGCGGAGUCGACUCUCGUCUGUCUCAACCACUUCAUCACAAACCGGACCAGGCAACACAGCCAUGCUGGAGAAGUUUUUGCUCUAUCACAAGUGCCUCCUGCGUUUCUUUGAAGACUUUCUUGUGGUGUACCAGGUCCCUCUCCUCUCACUCCUCUCUCCUCUCCUCAGAGUGCAGGAGAGACAGCUGCAAAGUGCCCUCGAAGAAGUCAAGAGCGACUCUCCUGCUCUAUUUAAAGACGUCAAUGAAAGCAUCGAUCGUUGUCGGGCACUCCUCUCCUCCGGUUUUAAUUCUAUGGCCUCAGUGAGCAGACACCAGCUGUUGCAAAAGGUGAAUGACAACCUUCGACACUUGGCGCUGCCCACUCGAGUGCAACGUUCCCACACCUCUGUCGACCCUAAGCCCACUCGACGUAAGAAGGACAGGCGAAUGUCACACACAGCCUUCACACAAUCACCACUCACCAAGAUCGGGGAAGAGGAUCAAGACGGUGAGUUUCUCCUGCAGUCCAACACGCUGCCGAAAAAGUUGGGCAGUAUUUCUCCCGAACACCGACCCAUUACGCUCAAAUGGAAGGGGAAGAGUGUGUCGAAGUCGUAUGUGCCCCCUCCUAUAAGUCACUCUAAGCAUCAGAGUCCCUUGACCGAGAGUGGCAAGAAGACUUCACAAAGGCCACAACGCAAGGCCCAUCGACCAAAGAUGGCCUCACUUUCAGAACACAAGAGAUCACCACAACUGGGCCUGGUUGGAAGGACGUGGAGCUCUGGUUUCAAUGCAGAUAUUGAUGAUGAUGAGGACACAUUGUCCCCAGAUGGUAGAUUUGCUACCACAACAAACUUUGUACCAGAUGAUGAAAAUACUAUCCACAAUAUUGCCUCGCUCUCCGAAGACGAUAGCCCUAUCCCCUCCAGGAGGACUGUGUCACAUGACCCACAAGCUGAUUUGAACGACAGUGGUAAACAAACAGUGUUAGUGACUGUAGAGGUACAUGAGAACAUGGGGACCGAGGAUCACCCACCCGUGUGUGCGUUGGACUCUAACGAGAGCACCAACUCUGCAACUGCCCUCGUAUCACCUGACCAACGAGCCGAAGAUCCUAGCCAUACUCGGAGCCUACCGACUACCGCUCAUCUCAAUGCCAAGCAAGGUGGCAGAACAAGGAGGGUGUCCUUCUCCAAUGAACUGAAGGUAGAUGGUGUGAGUUCGGCCCUGAAAGAAUCCAACAAGUACAUGUACCACAGUUUAGGUGGUGGAGACAAUUAGCUAUUAUAAAUGUAUAAUUAUAUAUGUGAUUUGUCUUGCGUGUAUAUAAUUAUGUGUGCAUGUGUGCACUGUUUUUAUGUUUAAUGUUUUGCAAAAUUGUUUUAUUAUAUUG